AUGGAGGAAUCUGUCCCAGAUACCCCCAGCCUCCGAAGGGAUGUUGACGACACGGACACCGUCGCCACAGUCCUCAUAGCGCCUAAGACGCAACAAACGCCCCUUUCCCAGCGCUACACCCAGCCAACCCAGAUCAUCGACCGUACACCAAAUGAAGCCAAGUCCGUGGUCCAAGUCGCAGCUUCCUCACCCGCAGGACCAGCCACCUCUCCCUCCAGACCUCGCGGCGGCAUGCUUGCAAAUUUGAUGGCACCAAGUGGCACGCAAUUUCGCGCUCCUACAAUCCCACAACCACAAAAACGAGCGCCUGUUUUAAGUGACGACGAGGGUCCUAACUACGCGGGAGGUUCUUCAGAUGAAGACGAGUUGAGCAUUGCGACAAACAUCAAACCGCGAAUCUUGUCCAAGACUCCUUCCAGGAGCCCAGAAAAAAUCAUGGAAUCGCCGAUUUCGAAUAACACUGGUUCUCAAACGGCUUUUAAGGACAUAGCAGCUCGUUUUGCUUACCAGCCUGGUAGCAAGAGAUCAAGCGAGCAUCUUGAUCAGUCUUUUGACUCUGCGAAGAAAUUCAAACAAACCACCAUAUCGCGCGCCAUACCCGUCGACGACGACAACUCGAAUAUUUUUGACGAGAUUAAGACCAUCGAAGAUAUUGAAGACAACCGUAUGAGAAAUUUUGUUACACGUUUAUUGAGUUUAUUUCCUUCCUUCACAAUACAGGAAGGUCUGAGAGCUUUUAUGAAGAGUAGCGGGAAUUUUGAUCGUGCAUGCGAACAGAUCGCAGAACAGGAGGACCUCGACAGAGUCAGCUCGCCAGAUGAAUUGACUACCACUACACACCCUCGCGAACAUAUGAACACAGCGAAGCAAAACAUCAAGUCGAAACAAAAGAUCCUGGAGAAAUAUACCGCCAACGUGCAAAGAAAGGACAUUCCAGAGGUUCAAGAUGACCCUAAACCCAAGGGUAGACGGUUGAUGCGUGGCCCUCGACCAGGCGCUACUUCUUCAGAGGCCUCGCCUGCGCCUGAAGCUGCCCCAAAGCCCAAAGGUCGGCUUAUACAAAGAAAAGAUCUGAAGCGUCAUGAUUCUCCUGAAGAAGAGAGUAUGGCCUCUGAGUCUGAGUCCGAUGCAAGCUCCGAGGAAGACAAUAGUGAAAUCGAAACAAAAGUUCUCAAAUUCAUCAACACGUGUACUGUCCCAGCUCUCGCUGAUCUUGCCGCUACUCCUGAGUCGAUUGCUACGAUUAUUAUCAAUGCGCGGCCCUUCCGUACACUGAAUGCUGUUCGAGCUGUAACGGACAAUGCUGGAGAGGGUACUAGCCAGAAGAAAUCACGAAGACCAAGGAAGCCAAUCGGCGACAAGGUCGUUGACAAGGCAGUUGAGAUGAUGAAGGGCUACGAGGCAUGCGAUGCGCUAGUGGCGCAUUGUGAGAGUCUAGGAAAGCCCUUGGCUGCUGAAAUGAAGCAAUGGGGUAUUGAUAUAUUUGGAAAUAAGGGCAAUGGGGAGUUGGAGUUGGUCAGUUUGGAUCACGAUUCUGGGAUUGGCACACCAACAACCGAUGACGGUGACGAAGUUGUGACCCAUGGUGGGCGGAAGUCUCGUUUUGUCUCACAACCGUCGAUUAUUUCGCCCGACUAUACGCUGAAAAAUUAUCAGAUCGUCGGAAUUAAUUGGUUGACGCUUUUGUUUCACAAGCAACUUAGUUGUAUCCUUGCGGACGACAUGGGUUUGGGGAAAACGUUUCAGGUCAUUGCGUUUCUUGCGCACUUGUUUGAGCAAGGUAUUACUGGUCCUCAUCUUAUCGUCGUACCAGCGUCUACGAUUGAAAACUGGCUACGCGAAUUCAGCAAGUUCUGCCCUACGCUCAAUGUCAUGCCUUACUAUGCCAAACAACAAGAACGUGCAGAGAUUCGAGCUGCGAUCGAAGACGACAGAGAGAAUAUCAAUGUUGUCAUCACGACCUAUACCGUUGCAAAAGCAAAAGAAGACUCACGCUUUUUGAGAAAUCUCGGUUUCUGUGUUUGCGUUUUCGAUGAGGGACAUGUGUUGAAGAAUAGCGAAUCAAAGAUUUACGAUCAGCUAGUCAGAAUCCCUGCCGAGUUUCGCUUAUUACUUACUGGGACCCCGUUACAAAACAAUCUUCAGGAGCUCGUUUCACUGCUUGGUUUCAUGUUGCCAGACGUUUUCAGCAAGCAUAGAGAGGACUUGCAGACCAUAUUCGCGCAAAAAGCAAAGGCAACCGAUGCUUCGGAACAUGCUACUUUAUUAUCGGCUCAGCGUAUUGCGCGCGCUAGGUCAAUGAUUGCACCUUUUGUGCUUCGAAGGAAGAAGCAUCAGGUUAUCGAUCUUCCUGCAAAGGUCUCCCGAGUAGAGUACUGCGAAAUGAAUGAGACUCAGAAAGAGAUCUAUCGACAAGAGAACGAAGAAGUGCGUGCACUUCUCGCCGAUCGUGCUGCGGGUAAAAAGACCGGGAACAAAUCAGCCCAUAUUCUGAUGAAACUACGAUUCACAGCAAUUCAUCCGCUUUUGAAACGACGACUUUACAACGACAAGAUUCUGGGCAAGAUGGCCAAAGCGUGCUUGAAAGAGGAACAGUGGUCUUUGUCCGAUCCAGACAUCAUUUUCGAGGAAUUACAACCUUAUAACGAUUUCGAAUGUCAUUCCAUGUGUGUUAAACAUCCGAAAUCCCUCGGACCAUUUACAUUGAAGAACCAAGAAUGGAUGAACUCUGGAAAGAUCGACAAGCUUUGCGAAUUACUGAAGAAAUUUAAGGAGAAUGGCGACCGAACUCUCAUUUUCUCACAAUUCACUCUCGUCAUGGACAUUUUGGAGUACGUCCUUGAGACAGUCAAUAUGAGAUUUUUCCGUCUCGACGGCCGCACCAACGUCGAAGAUCGCCAAGCAAUUCUGGAUGCCUUCUAUGAACAGACGGAUAUCCCGGUGUUUAUGCUGUCAACCAAAGCAGGAGGUGCAGGAAUCAAUCUCGCAUGUGCCAACAAAGUCAUCAUUUUCGACUCUAGCUUCAAUCCGCAGGAAGACGUCCAAGCAGAGAAUCGAGCACACCGUGUUGGUCAAACGAGGGAGGUUGAAGUAAUUCGACUUGUUACGAAAGGGACUAUCGAGGAGCAAAUCUAUGCAUUGGGACAGACGAAACUGGCGCUUGAUCAGCGAGUUGUGGGUGAUGAUCCGACAGAGUCCAAGCGUAGUGAGGAAGCUGGUAUGAAGGCUGUUGAGGACAUGAUUGCGGCUGAUUUGAAUUAG